AUGGUCCAGCACGAUUCGAAGUCCUGCAUCUGGUCAGCGAUAUAUGUGCAAGCGUACCAUAUCUGUUGGGACAGGAUCCAACUAGCUGGAAACCAGCCAGAGUGUCCGGAAUGGACAGUCAGCGAAAGCGGUCAUUCACCAUCCCCAACCAGACUAACGGUCAAGACCGGAGUCACUCUCUGUUAUGGCCGCUGUACGUUGCCUCUGGCGUGGACUUCAUACCCGAGCCUCAGCGCGCCUGGAUAA